GGCUCAUGAUUUCGCUUAACACCACCCUUCACGUACCUGUCGCUUUUCUAUUGGCUGUCUGUUUAGGUUCUGUAAGUGUGGGUGCGGUCACCGGGUUAGGCCCCUCCCCCCGCUCGUCUCUGAAUAGGAAAUGUCAUUGGAGCGCAGAGUUGUGGAGCGGCAGCCGGCUGUAGUUACCGCGGCCUUUUCCGGAUUGUCAGCGCUGGGAGUGUGAUGUGGACGGCGGGAGCGAGCAGGCCUCCGGUACAUACAGUGACAGCGACACGGGCGAAGGGAGCCGGACACGGGGACUAGCGAGCCGCGUGCCCGCGCGCUAUACUUCCCUCCGCCAACCGUCACCGAGCGUCCCUCUCCCGCCCCAGCACACACCUCCACCCCGGGAGGAGGAGGAGGAGCGGCCAGCGGGGGGGACAUCCAACAUGGCGGAGCACGCAGCCCUGGAUAACAAGCACAAAGCGGCAGCCGCCAGCUCCGGGGCCUCCUCCCCCGCCCUGAACUCCGGGCGCUCCGGAUCAGGCACCUCUGCCAACAGCAGCGGCAGCGUGGGUGUGCACUCCCCCGGGGGAGGGCUAUCUGGGGGCUUGUCGCAGCCCGCCGGUUGGCAGUCCCUGCUCUCCUUCACCAUCCUGUUCUUAGCCUGGCUGGCCGGCUUCAGCUCCAGGCUCUUCGCGGUCAUCCGCUUCGAGAGCAUCAUCCACGAGUUCGACCCCUGGUUCAACUACAGAUCAACACAUCACCUAGCGUUUCACGGGUUUUAUGAAUUUUUAAAUUGGUUUGACGAACGAGCAUGGUAUCCACUAGGAAGAAUAGUAGGUGGGACGGUGUACCCUGGGCUGAUGGUUACAGCCGGCCUCUUUCAUUGGAUCUUAAAUAUGCUGAACAUAACCGUACAUAUAAGAGAUGUAUGCGUGUUCCUAGCACCUGUUUUCAGCGGCCUUACAUCAAUUUCCACCUUUUUGCUCACUCGAGAACUGUGGAACCAGGGAGCAGGCCUUCUAGCUGCCUGCUUCAUUGCUAUAGUGCCAGGCUACAUAUCCCGAUCAGUAGCUGGAUCUUUUGACAAUGAAGGCAUUGCUAUUUUUGCACUGCAGUUUACAUAUUAUUUGUGGGUGAAAUCUGUAAAAACAGGUUCCGUCUUUUGGGCAAUAUGCUGCUGUUUGUCUUAUUUUUACAUGGUGUCGGCCUGGGGUGGCUAUGUGUUUAUCAUCAAUCUUAUUCCACUUCACGUGUUUGUGUUGCUAUUAAUGCAGCGUUACAGCAAGAGAGUCUACAUAGCAUACAGCACUUUUUACAUUUUGGGUUUGAUAUUAUCCAUGCAAAUUCCAUUUGUUGGCUUCCAGCCCAUCCGUACAAGUGAGCACAUGGCAGCUGCAGGAGUCUUUGCUCUGCUGCAAGCGUAUGCCUUCUUACAGUACCUGAGAGAUAAGCUGACAAAGCAGGAGUUCCAGACACUCUUCUUCCUGGGAGUGUCUCUGGCUGCUGGAGUUGUGUUCCUAACAGUUAUCUACUUGACUUAUACAGGAUACAUAGCUCCUUGGAGUGGAAGGUUUUAUUCCCUUUGGGAUACAGGGUAUGCAAAAAUUCACAUCCCUAUUAUUGCUUCAGUAUCUGAACAUCAACCAACGACAUGGGUUUCCUUCUUUUUUGACCUUCAUAUAUUAGUGUGUACAUUUCCUGCAGGGCUUUGGUUCUGUAUAAAGAAUAUCAAUGAUGAGAGAGUAUUUGUUGCUCUAUAUGCAAUUAGCGCAGUUUAUUUUGCCGGGGUGAUGGUUCGUUUGAUGCUAACCUUGACUCCGGUGGUCUGUAUGCUGUCUGCCAUUGCGUUCUCAAAUGUCUUUGAGCAUUAUUUGGGUGAUGAUAUGAAGAGAGAAAAUCCGCCAAUAGAGGAUAGUAGUGAUGAAGAUGACAAAAGGAAUUCUGGGAACCUGUAUGAUAAGGCUGGAAAAGUGAGGAAGCAUGUGUCCGAACAGGAGAAGACGGAGGAAGGUCUUGGGCCCAACAUAAAGAGUAUUGUCACCAUGUUGAUGCUAAUGCUGUUAAUGAUGUUUGCUGUACAUUGCACUUGGGUAACUAGCAAUGCCUACUCCAGCCCCAGCGUGGUGCUAGCUUCAUACAAUCAUGAUGGAACAAGAAACAUCUUGGAUGACUUCAGAGAAGCAUACUACUGGCUAAGACAAAAUACUGAUGAGCAUGCCCGUGUGAUGUCCUGGUGGGAUUAUGGCUACCAAAUAGCAGGAAUGGCUAAUCGAACAACGUUGGUAGACAACAAUACGUGGAACAAUAGUCAUAUAGCAUUGGUGGGGAAAGCAAUGUCUUCAAAUGAAUCAGCCGCUUAUGAAAUCAUGAGGAGCUUGGAUGUAGAUUAUGUAUUGAUUAUCUUUGGUGGCGUAAUUGGCUACUCUGGUGAUGACAUCAAUAAAUUUCUUUGGAUGGUUAGGAUAGCAGAAGGAGAGCAUCCUAAAGAUAUCCGGGAAAGUGAUUAUUUCACACCACAAGGAGAAUUUCGAGUUGACAAGGCUGGGUCUCCAACUUUGCUCAAUUGCCUCAUGUAUAAAAUGUCAUAUUAUCGAUUUGGUGAAAUGCAGCUAGAUUUUCGAACCCCACCAGGUUUUGAUCGUACACGUAAUGCGGAGAUUGGGAAUAAAGAUAUCAAAUUUAAACAUUUGGAAGAGGCAUUUACAUCGGAGCACUGGCUUGUGAGAAUAUACAAAGUGAAACAGCUAGAAAAUAUAGAGCCACUUGGCCACAAGCCGAGAGUGACUAACAUUGUACCCAAACAGAAGUAUUUAUCGAAGAAGACAUCCAAGAGGAAGCGUGGUUACAUUAAAAACAAACUGGCACUGAAGAAAGGCAAGAAACCCAGCAAGAAGACUGUUUAAACCAACUCAUCUCACAGGAAGAAGUUGUCCUAGAGAUAACCAGUCUUUGCCUUUAAAAUGAGCUCAUGUUUCUCUGUGACAUGAGAGUACAGAACCAUCUUUGGUCCAGGAUAUUGUACAAAAUUUUCAGGCAAUGUCUGAUUACAAAAUAUAUAUUUAUUGGCUUAUUAAGAACAGCUGUUUUAGAUUUGUAAUGUGAAGCCAGACAGAGCUGCUGUGAAGGAGUAACAGCAGAAUUUUUAUUUCUUUGUAAAUAUUAUUUUGAAAUCCUUUGACAAUUUGGACUGGUUGCACCAAAGAGUCCUCUAAUUUGGUUGACAUAAACAUACUUGUCAGGUUUUCUUUAAAUUCAGAAAUAAUAAAAAUAAAUUAUGUAACACCUGAGCUGUAUUUUUUUUUUCUCAAAAUUCAGUGAGGAUGUUGCAUUCAGUAGGCAUACUUUGUGCCAUCUCUAUGGCCAUUUUUAAGGUGGCAAUAAACGGGAUUGGUGUUUUAUUUGCCCAAACCACAGCUCCAUUGUUGCAGCCUGUUAGUGCAGUUAGAUUGGUGCAGUAGUAACAAUAUUAGCGCAUACUGCAUUUUCUACCAUGUACGCUAAUGAUCCCAGUGAUUUUUAAAAAAAGGAUCAUUUUUUUGUGGAUUGUGGUGGUUUUCAACACAUAUGUGCUGCAUUAUUAGGAUGAUUACCUGACUUCGCAGUAUGUAUAGGCAUCCAUAUGCCUGUGAUGGUAUAAAAAAAAAACUUAGGAAAAGAAGCAUGAGUUCUUGAAUGGAGUAACACUUUAUUUCCAUAAACUGGCAAAUAUUUAGGGGUUGUUUUUUUUUUGUUUGGUUUUUUUUUAGUCUACAAAAUGAUGCACAAAGGAUGUCUAUUUUGUUAUCAUGGAUGUGUGGGUAUUUAGAAUCGCUGCUGUGGGAUUUUACUUUUCUAUCGGUACAACGAAGCGUAAAUUGCAAACAAUCAGAUUUUUGUCUAAGACAAUGUGUGCAGCUGAGUUAGUUUCAGCUGUUUUCAACCAUACAAUUGCUGAAAGGAUUCAGUCUAUUAAAAUGUACCUGUCUUAAAAAACAGUGGAAGGAGCCAUGUUGUGCACUGAACCCAUAGUCCAUUAAGUCAUUAGUUAAUUAACGAAAUGGUGGAUUACUAUUGUUUCAGACCUAAAAUGAUCUGCUUCCACUGUGGGUGACUGGUCCACUUUAAUACCAUAAAGCCUUAACAGCAUAGCAUAAUCUUACCAUUGCUAUGAUGCUAUAUUAUUUACAAUGCUAAACCUUUUUACUCCUGGUCCUUGCGCUAAAAAAUUGCCACACAGUUUAGUGUGGAUGGAGGAAAACCCACAAAUGUAGAAUGUUUUGAUAUGUGCAGUCCUAAACAAUGUAAACAGCCACUGUAAACAGUUAAAUGUUUAAACAUUUAAAACCUCCAAAUAGUUAACAAGAACACAGACAUCCACUUUUUUGGCCAAGUCUGACAUUAGAGGGUAUUUGAGAUAGGCCAGAAGUUUUGAACAAUUUUUUUUUUUUUUUAAUUAUCAAAAAUUUCUAUAGUGCAGUCUGCUUAAUAGGGUAUGUUUUUUAGGUUUUGUUUUUAGAAAAAAUAAGAUGACUAUUCUGUCAAUUUAAUGCACUAAAAUGUAAAUUGGGUUGAGCAUUUGGGUGGAAUUUUUUUUUUAAUUGUUUUUGCUUUAGGCAUUAUGCGGACUUGAACUUUUUCUUACGUUGAUAGUUUUAUUUUUCUGGGCAUAUAUUGUAGGUUGGGGGGUUGUUUUGUUUGUUAUUUUGUUUUUGAAUAUAGUUUGCGCAGAAAUUGACCACCAUAAAUACUGUAUUACCCUGUGUUUUAGGAUGUAUCUUUUUUAAUAUAUAUAAUAAAAGAUCAGACGUGGUGGCAUAUUACAAAAUCAACUUUUUUUUUUAUUAUUUUGUUUUGUUUUUUUCAAGCUUGUGAUAUUUUUACAUACCAUGAAGCUGCAUCACUGUUAAGCAUUUGUAUGCGGCUCUAAUGCCAUUGAAACAUGCUGGCAAUCUGUAUAUUGGAUUAAAAACUUUGGAAAUUGACAAUAGAAGAAAUAAAGAUUUAAUUAAGGUUUUA